GUACACUGACCGGUACCCUUCAUGACAGGCCUGUUUGUUUUAUUGUACAAGACAUUCUUGGGAACCAGUGUAAUCCUGACAACUGCACAAAUUAACCGCGUUUACUUCAGGAACCGGCGUACAUUCCACAGCAUUUGGUGGUAGUUUUGAGAAACGAUUUUGAACCAUUUAGACUUCCUGUGAUGGAGGAAAAGAACUGUGAAGAUCUUGCCUACAUGGCAAGGCUAGCAGAGCAGGCCGAGAGAUAUGAUGAUAUGGUGAAGGCCAUGAAAGCCAUAGUGAUGAAGGACCCCGAGCUGUCAGCGGAGGAGCGAAACCUUCUCUCCGUUGCUUACAAGAAUGUCAUUGGAGCCCGUCGAGCUUCUUGGCGGAUCAUCAAUUCCAUACAACAAAAGCAGCAUGACACAAGUACAUGUAUGAAGCAGCAGGUCAUAGAAUCUUAUCGCCUUCAGAUUGAGCAGGAGUUGAAGGACUCUUGUUAUGAUGUGCUGAAGAUCUUAGAUGAACGCCUCAUUCCAAGCGCCAUGAAUUCGAACGUCACAGAGUCUAAAGUCUUCUUCCACAAAAUGAAAGGAGACUACUAUCGUUACCUGGCAGAGGUCAGCCCACAGGCAGAGAGAGAGGAGCCUACAAAAAAGGCCCAGGAAGCCUACUGCUGUGCAUGUGAGGAUGCUUCACCACUUGCCACCACGCACCCAAUACGCCUGGGACUGGCCCUCAACUUUUCUGUGUUCUACUACGAGAUAAUGGGAAAACAGGAUAAAGCUUGCGAGGUGGCCAAGAAGGCUUUUGAUGAUGCAUUGGCUGAGCUGGAUAGCCUGAGGGAGGAUACCUACAAGGAUUCCACUCUCAUCUUGCAGUUGAUCAGAGACAACCUGACGCUCUGGACAUCAGAGAGCGAGUCAGAAGGUAGGUCAGGGACAAUGAGGCAUGGGUGCAAAUUGGAAUGGUCAGGCAGGGAGUCAGGCUUUGACACUGACAACCAG